AUGCUCAUUUCACAAGAAGAUAUGGCCAAGUCACGAAUUCCUGUAGCCUGGCGUGACUAUUGCGCUCAUUUACUACCAGAGCUGAAUCAAUGUCGGCAAGACAAUUACUAUCUGCCUUGGACUUGCGAAAAGCAGCGUGUGGCAUGGACUAAAUGCCAAUAUGACGACUACCAGAGAAGAAUGAAACUCAUAGAGAAGCAACGGGCAGAAACUGCAACUGCCGCAUUGGACGCAUAA